GGGGCAACCGGAGAGCGGCGGGCAGGGGCGGCUCAGAGCGGCACAGGCAGCGCUAUGGGGCUGUACGACAUGGGGCUGUACGCAGUGAUCGCACUCCUGCUCCUCGCCCUCGCCCUGUACCGCUGGGUCGGGUCCCGCGGCCCCAACCCCUUCGCGGUGGAUACGCGGCGCCCGCCCGCCCCGCUGAUCACCGACAAGGCGGUUCGUCGGACGGUGCUGAAAGCAGUUUUCUCUCCAGAAAAAGUGCCGGAGCAGCUCGAUGCCAUCGUCAUUGGCAGCGGCAUCGGGGGGCUGGCAGCGGCGGUGCUGCUGGCCAAGGUGGGCCGGCGGGUGCUGGUGCUGGAGCAGCACGGCAGGCUGGGAGGAUGCUGCCAUGCAUUCAGCGAGAAGGGCUUCGAGUUUGACACCGGGAUCCACUACGUGGGGCAGCUGCACGACGGCUCGUUGUGGCGCUUCUUGGUGGACCAACUGACAGAUGGGCAGCUGGAGUGGGCUCCUAUGCCUCCCACCUUUGAUGCUGUGGUGCUGGGAGAGCCUGGCCGUGACAAAGCCAUCCAGCUCUGCACUGGGCCCAGGGCUUACUUUGACAGGCUGAAGGAGCAGUUCCCCGGUGAGGAAGCUGCCAUUGAUGAAUUCAAGCGGCUGGUGAAGAGCGUCACCACAGGCCUCUGGGUUCUGGGUGUGCUGAAAAUGCUGCCUCUGCCACUGGUGCGGCUGCUGAGCUGCUCGGGGCUGCUGUCGCUGCUCAGCCCCUUCUGCCGGAUGGCCUCACGCAGCGUCAAGGACGUGGUCGACGGUCUCACCACCAACCCCAAGCUCAGGGCCGUGUUCAGCUACAUCUUCCCCACCUACGGUGUGCUGCCCUCCAAGGCCAGCUUCUCCCUGCACAGCAUCCUGGUGCAGCACUACCUGCGGGGUGCCUGGUACCCCAAGGGUGGUUCUGGGGAGAUCGUCUUCCGCACCAUCCCCAUCAUCCAGAAGGCUGGUGGCAACGUGCUGGGCCGGGCGCCGGUGCAGAGCAUCCUGCUGGACUCCAAGGGCAGAGCCUGCGGUGUGAGUGUCAAGAAGGGCCAGGACGUGGUGAACAUCUACGCUCCCAUCAUCAUCUCGGAUGCGGGGGUAUUCAACACCUAUGAGCGGCUGCUGCCACCUGAGGCGCGUGCUUUGCCUGAGAUUCAGUCCCAGCUGCGUAUGGCAGCUCACGGUGAAGGCGGCUUCUCCGUCUUCGUGGGACUCAGAGGCUCAAGUCAGGAGCUGGGGCUGGAAGCCACCAACUACUACAUCUACCCGGACAACAACCUGGACCAAAUGAUGCGGCGUUACAGCAACAGCUCCCGUGACGAGGCGGCUGCCAACAUCCCGCUGCUGUUUGUCACCAGCCCGUCUGCCAAGGACCCCACAUGGGAGAUGCGGUACCCAGGUAAAAGCACAUUGUCCAUCAUCACCAUGGCCAAGUAUGAGUGGUUUGAGGAGUGGAAAGACAAGACGGUCCAUAAGCGGGGAGACGCGUAUGAGAAUGUGAAGAAGACCUUUGUGGAUGCCAUCAUGCAGACUGUCUUCAAACUGUACCCCCACAUCGAGGACAAGGUCGAGUAUGUCUCUGGGGGGACACCACUAACCAACCAGCACUACAUCGCCAGCCCCCGUGGCGAGUUCUACGGCAUGGACCACGACAUGUCACGCAUACAGAUCGAAGCCAUCGCCACUGCGCGGCCACAGACCGCUGUCCCCAACCUCUACCUGACAGGGCAGGACGUGGCCAUGUGUGGCUUUGCUGGAGCGCUGCAGGGAGCCUUCCUCUGCACCAGUGCCAUCCUCAAGCGCAACAUCUACCUGGAUGCCCUGCAGCUGCGGAAGCAUGUGCAGGGCUCCAAUGGCAAGAAGAAGAACUGAGGCCAGGUGCCACUGCCAGGACCCCUCCCCUCCCUCAUGGCUUGCUUGCAUAGCUAACAUCCUUCCCUGAUGGCUCUGUGGGAUCAGCACCAGUCAUGAAGCCGCUCCUGCUUCCAAUGGGUCCCAUCCCACCAUAGCUCAUCUCCCUGCGCCACUACGCACGCUGCUGCUUCCUCCCCAUUGCCUGCUUGAAGGGAAAAGCCCUUUUUCCAGCACAAGGAAGAGAAGAUCCUGAUCCUAUACAACAAUGGCACCACCCAGCACCACUGGAUGCCCUCCAUUGUCAGAGCCCAUUGGGCCUCUGGAGGAGCAUUCAGCUCCAUGGGCACCUGCCUGGCUAAGGGCAGCAAGCCUUACACUGCUGCUUUUAACCUUGCAUGCAAUAGCUUUGUGCUGAAUGGGGCUGAAAAAGCUUCACAUGGAGCUGGUAUCUGCAGGGUGGUGGAAGCUGAGGAAUGAACCCCUCCCUCCGCACACAGCCACCCAGGUGGCACUGGACCGGUUUUCCAUCAGUUCCAUUUACCAUCAGCCCUGCACAAUGCUGGAUGCACAAUGCUUAUCACCCCAGUGCUGUGUGAGGAAGGAGAGGCCCUGGGCUCUGUGCCCGCGUCGAGGAGCCCGGCUUCAGGGAUGGAUUGCGCUCAGGGUGGAUUGACUUAAGGCAGUGUAAAGCUGCUCAGGAGCAACAGCGGCGCUUCCAGAUGGGAUCUCACAGUGAAUGCAGCCCUGACAUGCUGCAGAGCUGUUGGUUCUGCCCUGAGCUGAUGAUGUGGCUGUUUGUCUGCUGGUUGUGUUCGGGAGCACAACCAAAGCCUUCACCACUGCUUUGGUGCUGGGAAGGGCAAGAAGGCAGGAAAUAAAACUGCCUUAUGAUGGGGA